AUUUGUAACGAAUUAUCUUGGCUGAGAGUUUGUUUUCCAAACAAUUGUUUGUCUGUAAAGUUAAAAGUUGAUAUAUUCUAAGAGAUGUCUAUUGAAAUAGAAUCUGCUGAUGUGAUUCGUCUCAUCCAGCAGUAUCUAAAAGAAAAUAACCUUUCUAGAACUCUUCAAACACUUCAGGAAGAAACAUCUAUUUCUCUCAACACUGUAGACAGUGUGGAUAGCUUUACGCAAGACAUCAAUAAUGGUCACUGGGACACAGUACUCAAAGUUGUUCAGUCCUUAAAAUUGCCUGAUAAAAAGCUCAUUGAUUUAUAUGAACAGGUAGUACUGGAGUUGAUUGAACUCCGUGAGUUGGGGGCUGCACGUUCUCUGCUACGUCAGACAGAUCCAAUGAUCAAGUUAAAACAGGAAGAACCGGAUCGUCACAUCCACUUGGAAAAUCUACUGGCUAGGUCUUAUUUUGAUCCUAGAGAAGCCUAUCCAGAAGGAAGCAGCAAAGAGCGAAGGAGAGCCGCUAUUGCCCAAUCUCUCGCUGGUGAAGUAAGUGUCGUGCCUCCCUCUCGUCUCUUAGCUCUGCUGGGCCAAGCUCUAAAGUGGCAGCAGCAUCAAGGGCUUCUACCCCCUGGGACGACAAUCGAUUUGUUCCGUGGUAAAGCAGCCAUAAAAGAGCAAGAGGAAGAAAAGUACCCGACGCAACUUUCGAAACAGAUAAAAUUCGGACAGAAGGCUCAUGUUGAAAGCGCCAGAUUUUCUCCUGAUGGUCAGUAUUUAGUGACGGGAUCCGUUGAUGGAUUUAUUGAAGUGUGGAAUUUCACCACUGGGAAGAUCCGAAAAGAUCUCAAGUAUCAGGCCCAAGAUAAUUUCAUGAUGAUGGAUGAAGCCGUUCUCUGCCUUUGCUUCAGCAGGGACUCAGAGAUGUUGGCAUCUGGUAGCCAGGAUGGAAAAAUUAAAGUGUGGAAAAUUCAGACUGGUCAGUGUCUCCGACGCUUUGAGAAGGCUCACGCAAAGGGAGUGACCUGUGUCCAGUUUUCAAGGGAUAGCAGUCAAUUGCUCAGUGCAUCAUUUGACCAAACCAUAAGAGUCCACGGUUUGAAGUCCGGGAAACUCUUGAAAGAAUUCCGCGGCCACACGUCUUUCGUAAACGAAGCCAUAUUCACUGCCGAUGGCCACAACAUCCUGAGUGCCAGUUCGGACGGAACGGUCAAACUGUGGAACAUCAAGAGCACGGAAUGCGUGAACACAUUCAAGUCCCUCGGUGGCACGAGUGGCAUCGACAUAACAGUCAACAGCGUACAUUCCUUACCGAAAAAUACAGAACAUUUUGUGGUGUGUAAUCGAUCAAAUACGGUAUCCAUUCUCAACAUGCAGGGACAGAUUGUAAGGAGCUUCUCCAGCGGUAAGCGUGAAGGUGGUGACUUUGUCUGCUGUACAGUUUCUCCCAGAGGUGAAUGGAUCUACUGCGUGGGUGAAGAUUUUGUGCUCUACUGUUUCUCCACCUCCACUGGCAAGCUAGAAAGGACAUUGACUGUUCAUGAAAAAGGUGUGAUUGGAAUUUCUCAUCAUCCUCAUCAAAAUCUCAUUAGCACUUACAGUGAAGAUGGUUUGCUUAAAUUAUGGAAACCUUAAUGUUGUAAGAUUUUUUUUUAAAUUCAUUUUCAUGUAAACAUUUAGUAAACAUUAUUUCUAUUACAAACUGGUUUGGUCUUUUCUUUUAUAAAUAAUUUCAGCAAAAAAGUCUGAGAUUUGCAGUGUAUCGGCGCUCUGGGAAAGUCAUGGGUUUUUUUUAACCAUGAUCGAAAAUGAUUGGGGAAAGUUAUGAUAUUCUGCAAAAAUGCUUUUUAUUUGACAAAUUUCCUAUGCUUCUAAAAUACAAUAAGAACUAAAUUGAAGCUCUGCUGUUGUUGCAA